AUGGCGGCCCACAUUCCCGUCUCGGCGACACCGAUUCUCUCUUUCGGCUCCGGUUCCGAUCAGCUUCCAUUCGCCGGGACGUCACCUGCCGCCGCCCGUCUUCGCUGCUCAAAGAUGGAGACGACGCCUUCAACGACACCUUUAAUCCAACAGAACCGAGCUGAGUUCGGACCUACCUGCCAUUGUGGGGAUGCGGUUCGGGGCGUCACGCCUCUCCUGCAGCGAGGCGGGGUGGGGAGCACAGAGCAGGAGGCAGGAGGCAGGAGGCAGGAGGUGUUCCUGAUCCAACAUAAGGCGCCACACUCGGCCUCCGCUCCCUUGGACCUCCGCUCCCUUGGACCUCCGCUCCCUUGGACCUCCAGCAUGUGGCCGCCGCUGCUCUGGGUUCUGGUCGCUUGUGCAAGGAGCGCGUCCACAAAUGAAAGUCUGGGCAGUUUCUCAGGAGGCUUUGCGCUGGUGGGAGUCCGCCCCUUUGUUCAGGACCAAGACAUGAAGACCCGCAUCAUCGGCGGCCAGGAGACGUGGGAGCACUCGUGGCCGUGGCAGGUGGCUCUCCGCUUCACCACCAGGCCGGCGUGCGGCGGCGCCGUCAUCUCGCCGCUGUGGGUCAUCUCGGCGGCCCACUGCUUCAAAAGGUACAACAAGGUCUCCUUCUGGACGGUCUUGGCAGGAAAACACGACCUGGACGACGGCGACGAGGAGGGCCAGCAGGUGGUGGGCGUGUCGGCCAUCGUCAUGCAUCAUCGCUACAACGCUCGCACCAAAGCGUACGAUGUGGCGCUGCUCAUGCUGAAGAGGCCGCUGACCUUUGACCGCUUCGUGCGGCCCAUCGACGUGUGGAUGGCGCCGUUGCCCACCUCGGAGAAGUGCACCAUCACGGGCUGGGGGGCCACACGUGAGAAUGGGCCACGCGUGACCCGGCUGCAGGAGGUCAACGUGACCCUGUUCCCCUCCGACAUCUGCAAGCGCUACUACAAGGGGCGGAUCCACGCCUCCAUGUUCUGUGCAGGAAAGGAAGGGGGAGGAGUCGAUGCCUGCCAGGGCGACUCUGGAGGUCCGCUGUCGUGUUUUGGCGGGAAGAACUUCAAGCUGGCGGCGGUGGUGAGCUGGGGCGUCGGCUGUGGGCGGGCUGCAAAGCCGGGUGUGUACACCCGACUCCAAGACCACGUUCAGUGGAUGUCCGACGUCAUGGAGAACCAGGAUGUGAUGUACGCGGACCAGCCGGAUCAAGAGGACCGGUGCGGGAAGCAGCAGGGGUCCGGCUGUCGGAACGCUCUGGACCCGGCCGGGGUCUCGGUGUCGGAGGACGGCGCGGUGUCGGUGGAGAACGUGACAGAGUCGUGUUCGGGGUCGUGGCCCUGGCAGGUCAGCCUGCAGGCCAACGGGAUCCAUUACUGCAGCGGCGUACUGAUCCACCGCCGCUGGGUGCUGACGGCACGCCACUGCGGGGUCCGAGCGAGGGAAGAUGUGGCGGUCCUGGGAGCUCACGACCUGCACUUCUCUCUGUUCCAAAGCGUCCCGGUGGACGAGGUCUUCAACCCGCCUCAGGAUGACAGCUUCCCGCCCAAAGCGGACCUGGCGCUGCUGCGCCUGGCGUUUCCCGCCAGACUGGGCGGCAGCGUGUCCCCGCUUUGCGUCCCGGAUGAGGACGAGGAGUUGGAUGACGACUGGUUAUGCGUCAGCGCCGGCUGGGGGGCGUCGACCGCCACAGCGGGCGUCAAUCCGGACCGGCUGCACCACACUCGGCUGGUUCUGGUCAACCAGACCGAGUGCAGGGACAAGUGGGGGCGGGUCCUUGUCAGCGACGCCCACGUGUGCACGCAUCCCGCUGGCGGCGCCGCCUGCACGGGAGAUUCUGGGGCGUCGCUGUUCUGUCGGAAGCGUGACGCCUACUUCCUGUUUGGCGUGCUGACGUGGGGGAGUCGACACUGCGACCCCAACAAGCCGGCCAUCUUUUCCAAGGUGUCCGAUUACCACGCCUGGAUCAGCGAUCUGACGGAGGACGUCUGAAGAAGCGGCGUUGGUCCAAACGUUUCAAAGCCGUGAGAUAGUUGCUCAAAGGGGGCGGGGCCGAGAGGUUACAGGCUGGCCUAGCAGCCAAUCACAGGACCUGAUGCACUGACAUGAACCACAGCAAAUAAAGCACCAAUGAAAUCAAAAUAAAAACACUUUUUUUUUUUC